AUGGAUCUCACGCAAUCGCUCCCGUGGCUGCAAAGCCGAUUUCCAGAGCUGAUCACAUCUGCACGUAAAAUUGUAGGCUACGACGAUGCGGCUGUAUUAGUCACUGUAGCUCUUGGUACCACUGCCUAUAUUCUCCAAAACUCUGUCUGGAAUAAGCCAGAUCCCUGUGAAUAUAUGCUAUACGAGCGACCUCAAGAGAAACUUGACGGCAAGCAAUCUCAGAAAGCGACAAGGAAUAUAUCUCAAAAACUAGAAGAUGUGGGCAAAGAUGUGGUCGUUUUUUGGGGCUCACAGUCUGGCACGGCAGAGGGAUUUGCAAAUCGGUUGGCCAGAGAACUUCCUCGUCGAUUUGGAAUAAACGCCAUGGCUGCUGAUCUCUCCGACUUCGACCCUGAAACAAUCGCAUUAAUUCCGCAAACCAAGUUUGCCAUUUUCAUCAUGUCCACCUAUGGAGAAGGUGAUCCAACUGAUAACACGACGGAAUUUUGGACCUUCUUGCAUCGCACUUCCAUUAUUAGCCUCGAAGGCCUCCGUUAUUUUGCAUUCGGCCUUGGAAACAAGAAUUACAAGUAUUAUAAUCGAGUUAUCGACGUGGUGACUGAAGCUUUGGAUAAAUUUGGAGCUCAUGCCUUGCUUCCAGUUGGCCGUGCCGACGACUCCCUUGGCACGACUGAAGAAGAUUUCUUGGAAUGGAAGGAAUCUGUCUUUGCAACCUUGGCAACCGAACUGAACGUCGAAGAGGAAAACCCUGUCUUUGUGCCGACAAUUAAAGUAGUGGAAAACGACACACUUUCAAUUAUCGACCUCAACCUCGGCGAACCUUUCCAACGCGCACAUGGGAAGAAGCCCGCCGCGGUAUCCUCGCCUGUUCGACCCCUUCCUAUAAAAGCCAGCAGAGAGCUCGCCACCUCACCAGACCGACAUUGUGUGCAUAUGGAGCUUGACCUUUCAACAUUUCCUGAAAUUAAAUACAAGACAGGCGACCAUGUUGCGGUUUGGCCUAUCAACCCGGACAGUGAAGUGCAUCGUCUGAUCAAGAUUCUUGGUCUCGAGCAAAAGCAGACCGUCCCCGUUGUUCUUCUACCCCAUGUACCCGGUACCAAGAUCCAAGUACCUACGCCAACCACCAUUCUCGCACUAUUUCAAUAUUAUCUCGAAAUCUGUGCCCCGGUGUCUCGUGAAACCGUGCACUAUCUCGCUCAGUUUGCACCUACACCGAAUGCAAAGAAAAUACUUUCCCAACUUGGAAAAGACAAGAAAGCGUACUCAAGCCUUCUCCUCGUCCAACACAUUAAUUUAGGCCGAUUACUUGAAUAUAGUGUUGCGGAUGAAUGUGCAAAUUGGGAGCAGCUUCCUCUCUCUUUCGUUAUUGAAAGCCUGCGUACCAUGCAGCCACGUUAUUAUUCUAUCUCUUCUUCGUCCAUUGUGCAGCCACGCUGCUUAUCAUUAACUGCUGCUGUGUUGGACUCAUAUAUAAAUUCUGGGAACUCAAUUGAAAUAGUUCCCGGAUUAGCAACAAACUACAUCCUUGCGCUUAAAAACUCAUUAUCAGCAGGCUCUGCUCAGCUUGACACCCAUCCUGCCGGUCUCACAUAUCCUCUGAGCGGUCCUAAUGAUCAGUUGCAAUCUGGUAAAGCAUACGCACAUAUCCGGAAGUCCAAAUUCAAGCUCCCCGUUUCAACUUCGUCAAACAUUAUCAUGAUUGCUGCUGGAACUGGUAUUGCUCCAUUCCGCGGUUUUCUUCAGGAGCGCGCGUGGUUUAAGACUAUGGACCAAAAAAUCGGCAACAUGCUCCUCUUCUACGGCUGCCGACGCCCAUGUGAAGAUUAUCUCUAUUGUGACGAGUUGGAUUCUCUAAAGGAAACGCUCGGUGACAAUCUAAGCAUUAUCACUGCCUUUUCACGACAAGAACCUAAUCACAAGGUCUACGUCCAGUAUCGCAUUCGGGAAAACGCACAGCAACUCUGUAAUAUGCUGGUAGAAGGCAACACAUAUCUCUAUAUAUGUGGAUCUACGAAUAUGGCUCGGGCCGUCGCGACAGAAGUAGGAGAUGGACUGAAGGCGAAAUGUAAUUGGGGUGAUUCUGAGUUGCGUUCAUGGAUGGAAAGCCAGAAGAAACGCGGUACAUGGCAAGAGGAUGUUUGGGGAUGA